CAAUUCAAUUUCCAUAUAUGAGCGUAAGUGGAGAAGAACUUCCUACCACACAAACCUACAAUUGAGGGUCUAUAUAUAUAUAUAAACCUCUCUUGGAGAGCAGAAAGAGCAGAUCUACUAAAGUUUCAGCCUUACCUUUCUUCCCCUUCGCAAACAAAAGGAAAGGGAAUAAAAAUGGAGGGAAGGGGGGUGGGGUCUGUCUUGAUGGUUUACUUAGUGUUGGGGCUCCUGGUAGGGCAGUCCACCGCUUCUUUCCAAACCUGCUAUAUGGGUUGCUUCAUCUGGUGUGUUAUUACACCGAAUAAUACAGUUUUCUCUUGCUCUGUCAAGUGCCUCAAGGACUGUAUUAUUCCAAGCUCUUCUUUUCCAAGUGGCAAAGAUACCCAAUACUUCUGCAAGCUUGGUUGUGCUACCUCCUUGUGCACCGAUCUCAGCUCCAAAGAAAAUCCAGGUGAAGAAAAAGUUGGAAGCUGUGUGGAUUCUUGCUCAGAGACAUGCGCCAAGAAUUAGUUACCAUAUACUCGUAGAUAGUGUUCGAUGUACUAUAUUGUUAAUUACCCAAAUGAUUAAAUUUGACUGCAUAAACUCUGAUCAAUGCUUCUCAUAUUUUGCAGAGAAACAUAGUUUUGAUUUAAAAUGCAGUGAGCAGACUUAAUUAUUUGUUUGGCAUGUGAUACAGACAACACGGCUUGGAUGGCUUCCACAAAAUGAAUUAUUGUUUGGAGA